AUGGUUAGUAAGGAGGCAGGCCCCUGCGUCCUGUCAAAUUCAGAGUCGGACUCAGAGGCCGGAGGUCCAACCCUCGGAAGUGAGAGCAGUAGAAGUGGGGACGUAGUGAGCAAAAGGAACAAAGCCCUGCAGGUCCGCUUCAAGGACAUCUGUGAGGCCCAGAAUGAGGCAGCACGUCUAGCCCGGGGUGCCAGGGUGCGCUCUGUUUCAUGCAAGGUUGUACACAAGAGGUACUUGACCAUGCCGGCACGUCGCUCCAUACCUAAUGUGACCAAGAGCACAGCAGUGCAAACCUCACCCGAAUUAAAGAAGCGUUAUCAGACUUUCCCCUUUGAGCGCAAAAAGGGGCACACUAUUAAACACACAGCUCUGGUGGAGAACUAUGAGAACCAAAACAACGGGUUCUUAAGUGAAGUGCAAGCCACUGAGGAGGAAAGGCCACGUGGGGCACGGGUACAGAAGACGCGAGUGCUUCUGCACAGUAUGCCACCAUGUGCUGAUGUGCAGGAUUUGUGCCCAGAUAGCAGCCUUGGUUCCUCAGGUCAAGCCAGGGAGACAGAUACAAACUGGCACCAACCAGACUCAAAGGAAGAAGAGUGUUCCCAAGGAAGCAGCUCCAAGCACAAAGGAUUACCCAGUCAGAGUGACGUGGGAGCAGAACAAGAGCCCAACUGCACCAAAAGCUCCUCCUCAUCUUCAUCAAUACAACCUCUGCAGGACAGAGGUGCCAUUUCAAAGGUCACAGGCCCCAUUGCAUGGACAUCUUUGACGCAAGUGGAAUGUUUGGACAGUCCCUCAGUGCAGUGCAAGCGUAAGAAAAAUCCUGCACCAUUGAAUGGUCUGCAGUCUCAGACCUUACCACGUGCUGCCAGCUGCCCCUCCCAGGAUACCAGUCAGGCUCACUUCCAUGGUAGCUAUGGCUUUGGUAUUACAGAUACCCAAGAAGUCACCAGGAGUCAUGUGUGUGGGCAGAUGAUUUCGCUGCCUGGAGCAGAUGGAGACGUGAAAGCCCAACUGCAGGCUAUGGAGACUCUCAUUAGCUCAAGCCAGGAGACCAUUAAAGUGCUGCUGGGGGUCAUUCAGGAACUAGAGAAAGGAGAGGCACAGCGGGAGGGCCGAUUAUCAUACCGAACAGGGCAGGAUACAGCCAACUGUGACACAUGCCGCAAUAGUGCCUGCAUCAUCUACAGUGUGGAGCUGGAUUUUAAGUUGCAAGAGGAUAAACUUCAGCCAUUGAUGAAAAGACUGUGUCCAGCAGUAGAACCGCCCUACCCUUCUCUGCCUUAUACGCAUGAAGUGUACACUUCCACCCCCAAGCGCAAGUCCAAGACUGAAGCCAAGAAGCAUGCACGCUGGAGACUCUGGUUUCUCUGAAUUGAGACUUUCACCUCUCUUAUUUCCAGCAUUCAUGCACCAUAGCGCCACAAGAACAUCCACAGCCCAAUCUGUAAAAUUAUGCACUGACAAACAGAUAGUGAAACACCGUAUUCCAGUGUUUUGAGGUUGUAGCACUGGGGCUGCAUUUAGAUGUUGGAUUUUAAUGAGGAAUUGCAUUUGUUUUCAUCCUAUCAUCUUUAAUAACAGCCUGGGAACUGGAAUCAUGUUUACCAAAAUGUGUUAUUAUUAUUAUUAUUAUUAUUAUUAUUAUUAUUAUUAUUAUUAAAUAUAAGGUUAUGUUUAAUUGUUUAUUUAAUAUGGUAAGAAUAGCCAGCAUUUUGGAUAAGAUAGGUUAGGGCUACUAUUAAACUCCAAAAAAUCUAUUUCUCUCCUUUUCUUGUCCUAACUCCUGUCGCCUUCUGCAGAGGCUCUAUAGAGUGGAACAAAUAACCUUCACAGGUAGUUCACCAAAAUUCUACUUUGGAUGGUCAUCUAAGACAUCUAGUCAGCAAAGCACAAACAUAUAUAUAAUUUUCUUUCUUUAUUACAUUUACUGUAAUAGGGAAGUUGUUCAUAUUUUGAGUUGUUCUGAAAGACAAUGUGUAAAUGCAGAAUUAAUUGACUGCAUGCACAACACAUGAAUUUUUACAUGACUACUUUAGUUCGUAGAUAAUGUUAUAUAUUUUACAUUACAAAUAUCAAAACUUUUAUGUUCAUAAUUAGAUGUUGAGGAUUUGGCUGUUGAGAAGUAAUUAAGUCUGUAAUAUUGUGUGAGCUCAAGAAGAACUGUCUUUCACAAAUGUUUUCUAUAAACUGUACUGACUUUUGAUUUCAACAAUAGUAUGUCUUUCAUGCUGAACGAUAUAUAUGGUAGUAUGGUUGAGGCAAUUGUCCAAAAGUAAAAUAAUGUAGUUUUAUUGUAUAUUUUCAAUCUAAUUUACAUGGUGUUUUCUACAAUGUCACUUUAAUAACACAAACACUGGAACUGUACAAAACCUGUGUAUUUGUGUACAAAACCUGAAAUCCUUUGAGAACUGAAAAGUGAAAUGAUACAGACUAAAAGAGGGCUAUGUAAAUAUCUUAUUUAUAUCAAUUUAAGAAGUUAUUACUUGUCAGAUUUGUAUUAGCUACUCAAGAAAUGUCAACUUCCCUCAAGCCAUUACAUCUAUUUCAAUGCUAAAUGCAGUAUAUUGUUAGGAGCCAAUCACCUGAUGUCUAGACAUCAGUUAAACCACUUUUUUUUUUUUUUUAAUAAUUCAUACACAUAUUAGUUUAGAUUUACAAUCGAAUUGCACAGUGUGGACUAGCUGUAAGUGUAGCAUAAUGAGACACAGAUGCAUUGCUUUACCUUUGAGAAAGUGCAAUUUUAUUUAUAUUGUGCAAUAUUCUACGUUUUAUACUCUUUCUACCCACAAACAAUGCA